UAUUGUAGAUAGAUAUAUAGAUUUCACAAUUUUACUAUCAAAAGACUUUAAUUUAAUACUACUUGAAUUUCAAUUUCAAUCUAGUGUAAUUUUACUCCAACGUUCGAAAAUCCCGAGUCCCCAUAAAACUACUAACGCCGCACUCCUUUGAAAAUUCUGCUUACUUUUUUCCUUUACUCGGCCCUCUUCCACACGCGCCACCUCCCCGCGCCGGCCGCCUCUUCCCGGUUUCAUUCUCCGAAAGGAGAUCUCAAUACGACUGCGGAAGUUGCUAGAGAAAAAGUCCUGAGCUUUAUUUAUGAACUGUGCAACUAAAUUCACUCAGCCGCCACAGAAAGGGGAAUAGUUUGAGGAGAAAAAAAAAGGUAUGGGCGGGGUGACGUCAUCGAUCGCGGCUAAGUUCGCCUUCUUCCCGCCGAAUCCGCCUUCGUACACGGUGGUGGCCGACGAGUCGCGCGGCGGAGCUCUUUGCAUACCGGAGGUUCCGCAGAGGGAAGGCGUCGACGUCUUGAAGCUGAGGACGCGCCGGGGGAACGAUGUGGUAGCUGUGUACAUCAGCCACCCCAAGGCCACCGCUACGAUGCUCUAUUCCCACGGUAACGCCGCCGAUUUAGGUCAGAUGUAUGAGCUGUUCGUCGAGAUUACCCUCCGGCUACGCAUCAAUCUGAUGGGGUACGACUACUCAGGUUAUGGACAAUCGUCCGGAAAGCCAUCUGAGUGUAACACAUACACAGACAUUGAUGCUGUAUAUAAAUGCCUGAAGGAGAAGUAUGGGGUUAAAGACGAACAAUUAAUACUCUAUGGGCAGUCUGUUGGUAGUGGUCCCACUAUCGAUCUUGCAUCACGAUCCCCAAACUUGAGAGGUGUUGUUUUACAUAGCCCAAUAUUAUCUGGUUUAAGGGUAUUGUACCCUGUAAAGCGGACAUAUUGGUUUGAUAUUUACAAGAAUAUUGACAAAAUUGGCUCAAUAGAAUGUCCAGUUCUUGUUAUUCAUGGUACUUCUGAUGAAGUUGUCGAUUGCUCCCAUGGGAAGCAGCUUUGGGAGCUUUGCAAGGUAAAAUAUGAACCUUUAUGGAUAAAUGGAGGUGGACACUGCAAUCUUGAACUAUACCCUGAGUUCAUCAAACAUUUAAAAAAGUUUGUUCUGGCUCUUGGGAGAUCAAAACCAGCUGUGAAUGGUGCGGUAACGACAUUGCUAAAUUCAGACAGUAAGCUUACAGCUGGUGAAAGCAGCGGCACAGAGACAUUUGAUUUGCAACCAGAUGUUCCAGAAAUUUCUAGAAAUAGUUUGGAUAGCCGGCUUGACAAGUCCAAGAAGACGAGCAAGCCUGAAAAAUCUAGAAUGAGCACAGAUCGUGUCGACAGAUUCCGGAGAAGAAAAGGGUUGAUCUGGUGACAUGUUAGAAGACAUCAGGUUUUGUGCAACCUGAGUUCCUCACUCACCUGGGAAGGUAAUGUUAGUAACACCAUUUCUGUGUGCUGAUUUAGUAACUUACCUCAAUCAUAUUUGAUCUGAUCUUGUCAAAAUAAAACGGCAUUUGUUUUAAAUUGUAAAAUUUUGUAUUGAUUAGAUGCGAGCAGCUUGUAGUUUUACCGCUUUUCCUAACUGCAAUUCUGUAUAUUUAUAUCAGUGGUUUGUAGGGAAGAAGUUGCUAUGAUCUUCA